AUGCCUAGUGUGACUACAACAAGUACUGUCAGUUCAUCAGGAGUUCGUUUAAUGCGUAAAACUUCAUGCACUGGUACCAACGAUCAAGCUACUAAUUCUUCGUUUCAACAUAAUCCUGACAGAAAAUCACUAAGAGAUCAACCAAAUGUAGGGAAAUAUAAGUUAAUUCGUACACUUGGUCGUGGUAAUUUUGCAAAAGUCAAAUUAGCACAACAUGUUUCAACUGGACGUGAAGUGAGAAUUCGAACAUUAUUUAUUUUUACAGAUUAUGUUUUAUGA